UCUCUCCCUGCCUUGCCCUCACACCGGACACAUGGCUCUUUUAACCAGAAAGUGUCAUUUAGAUAGUUAUGAUAUUGGUGAUGCAUCCAGUCUCUAAAUCAGGAGAAAAGAAAAAUCCUGAAUCAUUUAGUUUACCUUUAUGAAUGAAGAGAAAAAUGUAAUUGUCACUGAAUGUUCAAACAGUGCCAAGGUGGUAAUUUACAUAUUGUUUGAUACUUUACUGUGUGGUAAUCUGUGAGUCCGACAUCAAUGGAGGUCACUUCAAUGGAACGCUAUUGGGGAAGAGAACAGUUUUAUAGUUUUGGUGCGUUUCAAGAGUGCUAUUGCUACUAUGAUUUUGAGAGCUAUAUUCAGCACGAGUCUGGGAACAUCCUCCUUCCGCCGUCCCCAAACUGGUUCUUCAUCGAUGCCUUGGACAGCCGUGUGGAGGACAGCCUGUUGGUCAGCUCUGUGUACAAGUCCAUCUUAGUUCAACAGUUUGUGCCAGGAGAAAAACUUCCCACCCUGCUGAAGGUGAUCCCCAAUCAGAAUGAGAAGGUGCAGAGUGUAAAGCUGUGUCCCAUCGCCUCAGACCCAGACUAUGGACACACUGUGGCGUCCUUGUGCGAGGGCUCGGUGGUGCGGCUCUUCAACAUUCACAGUGGCGACAUUAUUGCCGAACACAGACAGCACGAGGGGCAGGCAGUGAAUGGCAUCUGCUGGGGGAAUGUUGGAGGGGAGGAGGUGGUGGUGACAGUGGGUGAGGGAGGCCGGGUGGUGGUGUGGCAGCCCCAGCACAAUGCCUUCCAGGUCCACACACUCCCACAGUCCCCUGAACUCACUGUGGUGGAGGUGAACCCAAAGGACCGCUCACAGGCACUUGUGGCUGCCAACAAGAACAUCGCUCUCGUUAACCUCAAGACCGGGUGGGUCCUGACAUGGCUGAAGGGACACGACAUGAAUAUUUACUGCAUGAGGUGGUAUACUGGGGAGGAGAGUCCCUUGGCAGAGGACAUUCCCAUCAACAGCAGGGCUGAGGCCAUGAUGGAGGGCAGCGGAAAGGGUCCUGAGAGCCGGAACAAGGCUAACAGUUGGCGGCGGAAUGACAGAGGCGAAGGUAGUGGUGGUGGGGGUCCGUACUUUGCCUCCUCGGACUAUGGGCGCAACAUUCACGUGUGGGACAUCGCCGCCAAGAGGUACGUCACCAGGAUGACUGUGCCUGUGUCCACUGGGGGAUACAAGAAGCACACGGUGGGGAAGGACAAGAGCGGCAAGAUGAAGCAGCACAUUCCCCUGGCCUGGCACAAGAAAGAGCUCCUCUCGUCCACCAUCCUGGGAGAGCUGCUGCAGUGGACGUGCCAGCCGGGGAAGGGGAGAUUUAAGGCGCUGCAUCACCUGCACAACCGAGCCAUCUACAACCUGGAGGUGCUGGGGGACCUUGUGGUGAGCAGUGGACAGGACCGCGCGUUGCAGGGCUUUGACGUGGCCAGAUUCGAACACAUCUUCCAGCUGCCCGUGAUGGGGGGCUGCGCCGCCUCCCUUGCCUUCUGUCCUCAGGAUGUCACCAGACUGGCCAUUGGCUCCAUAGACAAUACUCUGAGACUUUUAAAAUUUGGGAGCCCAACACCACUACAGUGUGUCACCACUUCACAGAAUAUUAAAGGGAAGGUCCUCUCGCUGGCGUGGCACCCUGAGCACGAGGGCCGCCUGCUGCUCAGCACUGCCACGGGUCAGGUCAGCUGGCUUGAUGUGUCCAGCUGCCGCCUCAACACCUUUGCCUACUACCACCAGAAGGCUGCCUACAAGGUGGAGUGGGCGCCCCCAGUCUGUCCUGCAGCCUUGGGGACGUCCGACCUUGAAGCAUGGUAUGCCUACUCCUUUGGUGACCGAGAGAUUGUGAUGCGGGCGCCCUCCUCACCCUUGGCAGACCCCAUCAGCUUGAAAACUUUAGUUCCUGACCCUGAGAACAAGGCUUUCCCAAGAGACACCACUGAGUUCUCCUUCAGUCCUGAUUAUAAAUAUCUGGCGCUGGGACUCAACGAUGGGCAGGUGAGGGUGUACUGCCGGCAGGACCUUGAGGUGGUGGCAACACUGGUGGUGGUGAAGAAGGCCAUCCAACACCUCCUGUGGAAGCCUCAGAGGGAAGGCGGCUCCAGCUACACCCUUGCCGUCAGCUCCAAUGAGAACAAUAUACGCAUAUUCUGCCUAGACAGCCAUUUAAAAGAAUUUGAAGACAAGGCCGGUGAAGGCAAAGGCUCCGAGGUGCUGGUGACGCAGGCGACACGGGAGCUGAGCGGUCACGAGGCAAGGGUGGUGUGGCUGGCCUGGUCACCCCAUACAUCCUCGCUCCUCGCCUCAGCCUCCUACGACCACACUGUCCAGCUCUGGGAUGCUGACAACGGUUCAAUGCUGGGUAACUAUGGGGGUCACAUGACACGAGUUUUUCGUGUCGAAUUUAGUCCAUCAGACCCAGACCUGAUGUUCAGCUGUGCUGAUGAAAACACGGUGCACUCCUGGCGACCCUCCAAGCUCACCUGCAAGACACCAGCGGAGAGUUCUGCUCUCCUGAAGGAGCACCAGCACAAGAAGGAGCAAGAACCCUCAGAAGAGGAGGCAGCAGUCCCUGCUGAGCUCAAAGAGAAUGGCUUGGCACCAAGAGAGGGUGAAGCUGUUAAGAGCUCUGGCACCCCCAGUGCUAAAGCUGUGUGCCUCAGCGAUGCCACAAAGAAGAGUUCUGGGGACAGUGGGAAAAAGGCAGCACUCAAGUCCUUUUUCCCAAAGCUGCAUAGUGUGUGUUCUCGCAAGAAAGGCUUUCACCACCUUGUCCUUCUCUCCAUGCUGGCUCUCAGAGAGGCAAAGGAUGCUAAAAUGUCCCAGCAGAAGGAAGGAGCAGGGAAGGACACUAAUGAGGAAGACUUAGAGGAUUUAGAUGAUGAAAUCCUGGAGGAGGAGGAUCAGGAGGGGGAUGCCCAUCCUAUUGUGGUUAACACUACAGAAAAAUACAGUUUCCUGCUCGAGAAGGACUCAGAGAUGGCCCGGAUAGAUGACUUCCUGUAUGUCAUGCAGAUGUACGGGCAGCCACAGCAAAUGGAUGCUCUGCUGACCUCAGAGAUUGAGGCUCAUGAAGCCAAGGACAACUUUUGCCAGGCCGACCUGAUGCACUGCUGGCGUGGCUCCCUAGGCAACCACAUCCGUGUGGCUGCCAAACAGAAGAAACUGACUCCCUUCCUGGUGGCCUCAGCCCCUCAGGUCUCCUUGAAGCUGUGGGAGACAGCCUGUGAAGCCUAUGCAGAGCAACUGCUGGUGGAGGGAGAUGUCAUCACUGCUGCCUCAUACCUCCUGAACAUCCACAAGGCAGAGGAGGCUGUUGACAUACUGCUCCAGCACAAGCACUUCAGAGAGGCACUGGCCAUCGUCAAGAGCCGGCUGGGCUACAGCCAGGACCAUCUGGGCAAGGUAGUGGAUCGCUGGGUCAGCUCUGCUACAUAUGACGGUAACAUGGAUCUUGCUGCCACGUUGCAGUUCAGUGUUGGUAAGGUAGAGGCUUCAGCCCGCACCCUCUCCCGCCGUACGGACCCUGGCUCCCUCUUUGUGUCAGCCAAGCUGUACGAGGCCGCUGGAAACAAGGAACUGGCCGUGACGAGUGGGGUGAUGGCUGUCAGGGAGGCAUCCAUCAAGCAGGAGAUGAACAAGGUGGAGGCCUUCCUGUGCCACUUGCCAGGACUGGAGUGGUUCAAAGUAAUUUCCUGCCUUCACAGUCUGCUCCUGCGAGUGAUACAGCAGAAGGACACAAGCUGCUACAGCUACUUUGUCAGUACUCCAGAAAAUGUUGGGGAGACAGCAGCAGAAACAGAAAAAGGCAUGACAUGCUUGGUGGAUGAAGUGAGGAGACAGUGGGUGGCUCAGGGAUAUUCUCAAGGUCAGUAUAUGGAUCUGUACCAACACAUCAUGAUUCACUUCUCCACACAGCACCUGCCUACCUCUGUGAAGCAGCUGUGGUUCCUGGUUGCUGUGGCUCUGUGCAAAUGUCUCCUUGCCCCAUCCUGUCAGCUGUGGGACCAACAUCUCACAGAGGCCCUAAAAUAUGCUGUUACCUGGGGCAAACCUGACCAGCUGUUGCACCUAACUCAUGCCCUUCUUCCAAAAGGAAAGAAUGACAUAAAAGUCCUGAGGAGCACAGUGCCAGAGCCAGUACAAGAAGAGACAGUGCCUCCCUACAGUUUGCAUAUCUUGUGGCAACUUUACCAGCAGGCUGAGGUGGCUCUCCUUCUUUCAUAUCUAGCAAAUGACAGUUUUUGGUUAAGACUCAAAAAUGACAUUCAAGUCACAGCUGAGGAUAAUGUGAGUCAAGGUGAGACUCAGACAUCAGACAAUACUCCUAGUUGCUGUGACCCUGCAGUCACCACUGCAGUAGGUGAUGGUGUGUCUGAGUCAGAAAGCAGUGCUCUUACCUCAGACAACUGCACCACUGCAUCAGGUGGUGUACCUCUGAACAUGGAGGGGGAAACUUGCCUUCAAGGGGAGAAUGAGAAGGCAUCCUUUUCCUUCCCUGCCUCCAUGGCUGAGCUAAGAGUUUCUCUGAACUCCUAUCUAGGAAACAAUGACUCAGAUUUUGGAGUGGCCUUAGAGAAGUUGGAAGUUGCUUCAGAUGGCUUGUCUAGCCCAUUAUCUCUUGUUAAAAAGAUAAUUGUGCUCUUAAAGGAAAAUGGACACUUUAAUUCUGCAGAAGUGGAAAGUUUUCUGUCAAGACUACCUUGUGACCUCACAUCAUCCUCAGCCACAUAAGUAGCUUACAAGUGAGGAAGAGUCUUUAAACAUUUCACACCAUAUUGGAUAUAGCAUAUUUAUGCUUUGAGAAUGUAGGCACAAAUGACAUUAUCAGUACAUCAUUUCUGGCAGAACUUAAAGGCAUGACUUGGCUAUUUUUUUUCUUGACAAGCCAUCAGGUUAUUUUGCUGUGAUCCUAAAUGUGUAAGUGUGGGGAACAUGAGGCAGUGCUAUAGCUCUUAAAAUAUAGGUCAUUUAUGCACGAGUGUUGCCUAGUUGUGAUCAUAGAUGCUAUUGACUUUAGAAGUUAAUGACUGCAUGAUUGAGUAAAUUGAUAUUAAUAUUUUGAUCCUAUGUUGAAUAUUGUAUAAUUAUUCAAUCUUAGGUAAUGUGAUGUGCAUGCCCUCAUACAGUUGGAGCAAAUGUCUUUAUACUUUAUGAUUGAACCAAUUAGGUCAAGUAAUAUGAUGUGCAUGCCCUCAUACAGUGAAGGCAGUCUUUUUAUAAUUUCUAAGUUAUGACUGAACCAAUUAGGUCAGUAAUAAUAAAGCACUUGAUCAAAAACUCA